AUGCGCACCUCGAUCAUCGGUGCCGCCGUCGCGACAGUCCUGGCCUUCGCCGACGUGGGCUCAGCCGCAAACGCGACCGAAUGGAAGUCGCGCUCCAUAUACCAGGUCAUGAUUGACCGCUAUGCCCGCACAGAUGGGUCGACAGACGCGACGUGUGAGAUGCAUGAGUUCUGCGGCGGCACAUGGAAGGGGCUCUUGAACAACCUCGACUACAUCCAGGGUAUGGGCUUCACUGCCAUCCAGAUCAGCCCCAUCGUCAAGAACAUCGACGACGACACAUCCGCUGGCGCCGCCUACCAUGGCUACUGGCCCGUGGACAACUACGCCCUCAACGAGAAGUUCGGCACCGAGCAGGACUUCAAGGAUCUUGUGGACGAACUGCACAAGCGCGACAUUCUGCUCAUGGUCGACGUCGUGGUCAACCACAUGGCCCAGGCCUUUGACAACGUUGUCCCUCCCAAGGUCGACUACUCCAAGUUCAACCCAUUCAACGACGAGAAGUACUUCCAUUCGUACUGCAACGUGACAGAUUGGGAAAAUGCCACCAACUACCAGGACUGCUGGCUUUACCCCUACGGCAUUGCUCUUGCCGACUUGGCCACCGAGAAGACCGAGGUUGCCGACGAGAUGAACAAGUGGGUCAAAGAACUCGUCGCCAACUACUCGAUUGACGGCCUUCGUAUCGAUGCGGCUAAGCACGUCAACGAUGAGUUCCUCCCCGCCUUCGUCGAGGCCUCGGGUGUGUUCGCGCUUGGCGAGGUGCUCACUGGCAAGCCCGAUGACAUGUGCCGCUACCAAACCCUCGGAUUGCUCCCGGGCAUGCCCAACUACCUGGAUUUCUACAAGCUCAACUUGGCCUUCAAUGGUGGGUCCAUGGUCAAUCUUACCGACAUUCGCAACGAGGGUGCCUCGGCCUGUAACGACACUCUUGCUCUCGGCAGCUUCAUUGAGAACCACGACAUGCCCCGGUUUGCCAGCCUCAAUGACGAUCUGGCGCUGGCAAAGAAUGCCAUGGCCUACGUUUUGCUGAACGAUGGUAUUCCCACGGUCUACCAAGGUCAGGAGCAGCACUUCAAGGGCAACGGCACCCCCUUCAACCGUGAACCCCUGUGGGAUUCCAAGUACAACAAGUCGGCCCCGCUCUACACCCUCACCUCGACCUUGAACAAGGUGCGCAACAACGCCAUCAAGCGGUCGUCUGAUUACAUCUCGUCGCCCUCCAAGACUCUGUGGGCCGACGUCAACCACCUCUGCCUCUCGAAGGGCCCCUACGGCAGCCAAGUUGUCUUUUGCAUCAACAACAAGAGCAGCAAGGGCGACAGCUAUCAGGUCAGCGUCGGCGGCUUCCAGGCAAACGACAAGGUCGUCGAGGUCCUUACCUGCAAGACCAGCACGGCCGAUGCCACCGGCAACGUCACCAUGUACAUGAGGCGAGGCGAGCCCAAGGCUUACGUCCUGGCCUCUGUGCUCAAUGGCACCGGGAUCUGCAACACGACCGUGGAGGAUGGACUGGAACAAGGCAACGGGGCAGGUGCCCUGGGUGCGACGACCAGCAUGCUUCUGGCCGCCGUCAUCGGGUCGGUCGUGGUACUUUUGGCUUAA